AUGGCCUCCCAUGGACACUUCACCUGGGCAUGGUUUGAGGUCACCAUGUCUACCGGUGCUCUGGCUACUCUGAUCGGGCAGCAGCCGUACGAUUUCGUCGGUCUGGGGGCUAUUGGGUGGGCAUUGGCCAUUCUCAAUCUCGCCCUGUUCGUCCUCUUCUCCGGCCUCAUCGCGUAUCGAUUCACCACCGCAAAAGGGAGACUGCUCCGCAGCCUGCACCACCCGCACGAGAGCUUCUUCUUCGGCGCAUACUUUGUCAGCAUCGCAAUGAUCUUAUACUGCGUCGACCUCUACGCCGUCCCGCUGACGGGGAGCUGGCUCCUCAAGACCAUCGAGGUGCUCUACUGGAUCUACGCCGGCGUCGUCAUGCUCGUCGCGGUCUUCCAGUACCACAUCAUCUUCGACCGUGAGAAGCUCCCCGUCGCGGACGCGGUCCCGUCGUGGAUCCUGCCGGUCUACCCGUUCCUCAUGCUGGGCGUGCUCGGCAGCGCGCUCCUCAAGAACCAGCCGUCGGCCUCCGGCCUGCCCAUGUUCAUCGGCAGCAUCGCGUUCCAGGGCCUGGGCUGGACCGUGGCGUAUUUCAUGCUCACCAUCUACGUCACCCGGCUUAUCAACACCGACCUCCCCGAUGCGUCGAACCGGCCCGCCAUGUUCGUGGCCGUGGGGCCGGCCUCGUACACCGUCAACACCUUUGUGGCGCUCGGCAUGCAGGCGCCCAAGCACGUCCCCGAGGGCUUCCUCGGCAUCCACUCCAUCCCCGUCGGCGACGUGUUCAAGGCCGUGGCUGUAGCCGUCGGCGUUUUCAUGUGGCUUGUUGCGUUCUGGUUCAGCUCGCUCAGUACCGUCGCGGUUCUCAUCUCGAUCAAGGACGCUCGAUUUACGCUCAACUGGUGGGGUUUCAUAUUUCCAAACGUUGGGCUGUUCAUUGCGCUGCUCCAGCUCGCGGAUGCGAUGGACCUUGGCAGCGUCAAGGUUGUCGUCAUGGUGGCGACAGUGGCGCUGUUUCUGCUGUGGAUUUACGUUGCAGUCAAAAACAUCAGAGCCGUCAUGCGGAGGGAACUGCUAUGGCCUGGUUGUGAUGAAGACAUGGAAGAUAUAAGCGGCGAGCCAGAAAGCGCAGAUGGGGAGUAA